UUAUGUUUUAGAAAAGACUAAUAAUGGCCUUCACUCUCCCUUUUAUCCGAUGAUAGCUUGGCUCCCCCAUUGAUAUUCUUUCAAUUAUUCUCUUGCUCUCUAUCCUUUUGGGUCUAAGCGUUUUUCUUAUCUUUGUUAUUCUCUCUGCUCUUUUUUUCUGUUCAAAUUAUCAUUUGGUGUCCAAUUUUUGGUGUUGUUGGUUCCUAAAUUGUAGAGUUUUCAUUUUUUAAUAAAAUCUAAUUCAUUAGAUCUGUCUCUUUAUUUCUUGAUUAUCGUUUUAUCGAAGUCUUCGUCAAUUAGAUCUAUGACGUGUUUUUUGUGUUCACUACAUAGAAGCAUCUGAUAAAUAAUUUUUCAUAAAUACAGCUUUCGCUAUUCAUAAGAUUUUGAGUUGUAAUUUCCUCCGAUAAUCCACUAUUCCUGAAUAAUCUCAUCUGGGUUCCUCUUAAAUUCACUUGAUUUGAUUAAACGAACAAAACUUUCAUUGAUUUUUGUUAUUUUAACCGUGGGGAUGGUGACAGUUAAUCUGGGAAUGCUUCACUAUUUAAUAGACCACGUAUAUGGUGCAUUUAUGCACCGAACAAAGAUGAGCACACCUUUUUUUUCAAGAGGGUGGGGAGGCUCAAAGCUUGAACUUUUAGAGAAAAUGAUCAAGCAAUUGUUUCCUGAAGUUGAAGGCCAAAUCUGGCCUCCAACCUUGAUUCAGCCCAUUUGGAGAACAGUUUGGGAGACCAGAACUGCUGUUUUGAGAGAAGGUGUUUUUAGGACUCCUUGUGAUGAGCAGUUGAUUAGUGCAUUGCCUCCUGAGAGUCACAAUGCAAGGGUUGCUUUUCUUGCACCUAAAUGUGUGCCCCCUCAGAGGAUGGCUUGUGUGGUUCAUCUUGCAGGCACAGGGGACCACACAUUUGAGCGGAGAUUGCGUCUUGGUGGACCAUUGUUGAAGGAAAACAUUGCAACCAUGGUGCUUGAAAGCCCAUUCUAUGGUCAACGGCGGCCUAUGCUGCAAAAAGGCGCAAAACUUUUGUGUGUUAGUGACUUGCUUUUAUUAGGAAGAGCUACAAUUGAAGAGACACGGAGUCUUUUGCAUUGGUUGGACUCUGAGGCAGGGUUUGGCAAGAUGGGUGUCUGUGGACUUAGCAUGGGAGGAGUACAUGCUGCAAUGGUUGGAGCACUGCACCCCACACCUGUUGCAACCCUUCCUUUUCUCUCCCCACACUCCGCUGUUGUAGCAUUUUGUGAGGGAAUAUUAAAGCAUGGCACUGCAUGGGAGGCACUGAGGGAGGAUCUUGCAGCUCAGAAGGCUGUAAUGACUCUUGAGGAGGUCAGAGAACGGAUGAGAAAUGUAUUGUCUCUCACAGAUGUUACACGCUUUCCAAUCCCCAAAAACCCCAAUGCUGUGAUUUUUGUUGCCGCAACUGAUGACGGUUACAUACCUAAACACUCAGUGCUGGAGCUUCAGAAAGCAUGGCCAGGUUCAGAAGUGAGAUGGGUCACCGGUGGCCAUGUUUCAUCCUUCCUUCUCCACAAUGGUGAGUUUCGCAAAGCGAUUGUGGAUGGGCUUGAUAGAUUACAGUGGAAAGAGUCUCCUCUAUGACUGGCAUUCAUGUGAAGAAGAGACUGUUGAUUUUGUUUGGGUAUUCUUCUUUCCCCUUAAUUCUUUCAGAACUUGUAAAAUGAAUUAUAAUUGAUAUCUGAAAAAACCCCUUUAAAGAAUAGGGUAAGGGAUAUUUUGUUUUGCAAGCUUUACUGUUGGAAAAAAUGUAAAAUAACUUCACUGACAUCAAUAAUGAAUUGACGAAGAAAUUUUUUAAACUGUUUGGAAAAUAUUUAAUAUGGUUGUACCUUCAUUCUUG